ACUUAUGCCAGAGAUAUAAGCUAUGUUCGUACACCUUUGGUCUUUCUGCUAGUUCUUUACUACUACGAAGCGACCAUGUUCCACACUUAGGAAUUCAUAUAUACAUAUAUAUAUUUAUAAUAUAUAACGACUAUAGAACGCGUCGCCAAGUUUUCCUCAGCCUUCUCGGGAGAGUAUUCGGACGAUGACGAGCAUAAGAGAGGGCGAGAUGGAAAUGUCCGGGGAAGACCAUCGCAGCCUCGAGUAUGACCUACACUUCACGGAUCGCGUCAUUGCUGCGACUGGCCCGGCUGCCAAUCCUCGAAUGAAGCAGAUUAUGCCAUCUUUGCUUCGACAUAUACAUGAUUUCGCGCGAGAAGUCGACCUCACCGUUGAGGAGUGGAUGGCUGGCGUGGAAAUGAUGAACGAGGCAGGCCGCAUGUCAACCGCUCAACGUAACGAGACACAACUCAUUUGCGACAUUCUAGGUCUCGAGUCGCUCGUCGACGAGAUCACAUCAAAACUCCUGCUGCGCACAAACAGCAGCAGCAAGAACGCGACGCCGUCCGCCGUGCUAGGCCCCUUUUACCGUGCCAACUCCCCAUUCCUAGCCAACGGUAGUAGCAUCAUCUCGCCGCUGACACGAAACUCGCCUUGGUAUAAAACAGCCGCGCCACUAUUAGCACAUAUAUCGGGCCGCGUAUUCUCAGCAUCGACGCGCAAGCCCCUCGCGAACGCCAUCGUAGACGUCUGGAUGGCUGACCCCAAUGGGCUGUAUUCGCAGCAGGACCGCGACCAGCCAGACACGAACCUACGCGCACGCUUCCGGACGGACGAGCACGGCCGCUACGAGUUGUACGCACUGCGUCCCACGGCGUAUCCGGUCCCGUUGGAUGGGCCCGCCGGCCGCCUGCUCAGACUGCUGGAUCGACGCCCGUAUAGGCCGGCCCAUAUCCACUUCAUCGUCUCAGCCGAGGGCCACGGGACACUGACUACACAGGUCUUCGACUGCGAGGACGAGAACACGGGGGGCGACGUUGUCUUUGCCGUUAAGAAAGAGUUGUUGGUGAGAUUCGAGGAGAGGGUGGGCGAUGAGAAGGCUAGAUGGGAGCUUAAGUAUGAUUUUCUGCUGUGCGAGGCUUGAGGAUUAUUAAUAUGGAUGGAAGGCAUUAGUUGGGCGUAUGAUAGGGUGAAUGAAUGAUAUUAGAAGUAGAGGUAGGUAUGUUAUAACAAUCCAAUCUGGACAUCUUCAUGUACCUCGAUGGCGAAUAUACUUUAGUAGGACAAGGACAAGGAUAGGUUGUCUUGGACAGAAUCCAGAGUACUUAUCCUCUUAUAACGGUCCAUGGUAACUCAAUACGUACUUAUCUAAUAGAAACCCAGUACUUUCACGCUUCUCAUCCGGCGCUCUCACUGUCUCGUGUUAUGUUUGCGCAUAAAGGCGAAGUUUAUCGAAGGAGAGCCACGUGUGGUGUGACAUGGUAUGGGUGAUGUGAUAGAUGCCAUGUAGCUGAGCGAAACCCAGCUAUGAUUGGCUGGAGUUUCAGCUCCUCGUACCCAAAUCCUCUACAAAUGGUCUCGUACAUAUACAAAAACAAAGAUUUUACCCAGAUGUAGCCAGGAUGCCUAGAGGUAGGCAAUAUUCAAUCCUUCAAGGCCAACCUGGAACUUUCUACGAAGCUAGGUAGGUUAAAGGACUACCUACCUACCUAAGGUACUACUAUGUAUGUAGGUACCUGUAGGUAGGGACUUUAGGGCGCUGCUGGGGCGCUGCUGGAGCCACGAACAGUUACCUACUAUAGGUACCUCUAAGUACUUAGGUACUCCACACCCAAAUCGUGCUAUG